GAAUGGAGAGUUUUAAUGGGGGAGCAUAAUGUGUUAUUUAUAUUUUAUGACCUAAUUAAGAGACACUAUGAGGAAUCAGCAAUAUCUCUUUGCUUAAAAAGAAUAUCAUUUUUGAAGACAAAAUUAUGGACUAAUUUUGCAGCAUUCAUUUUGAAGGCUGUUUCCUGUGCUGUGUGUUGCAAAGAUUAAAGAAGUUCUUAAUGCAAAAUGAUGUGAACUAAAAAUAUUGUACCUUUUCAAAGGAAGAGAAUGGGAAUUAAGAAUGUAUUUGGUAGAGUCUCUGAGGACUUGAAAGUGAGUUCUGGUGUUUUUCUUUUUGAAAUAGCUAAACUAGUGAAAUUGGGCAGUCAAUUUUAUUGACUUUGCUUCAGAGGUUUAGAAGAUCGCAGUAUUAAAAAGCGUGUAUUUUAACAUUUUACCAAAAUAUCUAGGAUUAUAUGCAGUACUAAUUGAAAGCUACAAGGUAUUAUGCACUGAUUUGAUGUUGAUCUGGGCUUAUGACCUGUAAGAAAACUUGGAAUCUAAAAGACUGUGCUGAAAGUGUUGUAGUCCAUGCAGCCAUGAAGAUGAUUACUCCCUUUUGUUCCUGCAGUAGUGACCUUCUGCAAUUCCUGCUUUGGACAGAACCGAGGGAGAGAUGGUGCUGGCUGAAAGGAAAUCUGCUUUUUCUAAUGAAAAAUAAGAGUUCUGAUGCCUCUGAAGUGGUAAUCCUGGAGCGCUGCUGGGUAGUGGAAUUCAGGAAUAAAACAGAUGUUUCAGUAGUUCUCAAGUUUCAGGGUGGAGAAUCACGUCUUGACCUUGAAGCUGCAUCGAAGCCAGACUGUGAAUCCUGGGCUGUGGCACUGGGAGAGGCGAACUCGGAAGGUGUGCAGAAUAAAAUCCAGCAGCUCCGGAGGCUGAUCAUGGAAAUCAAAGAGGAGAGAUCAUCAGAUGAAGCACAACAGUUUCUCCCUUCAUCCCAGUUAGACAGUCUAGGAGAGCCCCAGUUUACGAGUAUUCAGAAAAUUGCAAAUGAGCCAAAGCUGGAGUUCAGUCUUGCGUGCAAGGAUCUAGUGGCUGCUACCCGUGAUCGGAAGCUGAAUACGUUUAUCCAAGUCUCAGUGGUGCAUCCAGCAGAGCACAUUUUGACGCGGUACUCAAGCACUGAAAUCGUGGAGGGUACAAAAGAUCCACUGUUUUUGACUGGUGUGACCUUCCCACCGGAAUACCCCAUCUAUGAGGAGACUAAAAUAAAACUAACAGUCUAUGAUGUCAAAGACAAAUCCCAAGACACGGUCCGCACCAGUGUCCUACCUGAUCACAAGGAACCAAGAGCAGAUGUUGGGCGAAGUUUCCUGGGCUGUGCUACUUUCAGAGUAGGAGAUCUGGUCAAGUCAAAGGAGCAGCAGUUGACCCUUACCCUCAGAACAUCUGAUGGUGGAAAGACAGUUGGUACCAUUGAAGUCAAUCUUGUGAAGAUGGGAGAACUAGAGGAGGGGGAAGCAGACCACAUCACAGCAGAUACCCAGGAUCAAAAGUGUGCAUUGGUUCGUGAGUGCACAGCCACUGAAGGCAUCAGUGGGAAAGACAACCUGCCUUCCUUAAAUGCAGUGUUGAGAAACCCAGUCUGUAAGUUAUAUAGAUUCCCUACUUCUGACAACAAGUGGAUGCGGAUCCGGGAACAGAUGGCUGAGACUACCCUCUCUUUCCAUGUUCCUAAAGAACUAAUAAAUCUGCACAUUAAGGAGGAUAUGAGAAGGAAUCAGGAACUUAAAGACCUGGGAGAACUCGCUCCUCACUGGGACAACAUGCGCAAAAGUGUAAUUGCUCACUGUGAUCAGAUGUUGAGCAUGUACCAGGACACUCUUGCAGAGCUUGGGAAGCAUACAGGUUCUUCCUUUAAGUCAAGCUGUAGCAAAGGAGAAAAAACACUAGAAUUCAUCCCAAUAAAUCUUCAUCUGCAAAGAAUGCAUGUGCAUAGUCCUCGAUUGAAAGAUGCUCUGUAUGAUGUUAUCACCGUGGGAGCCCCGGCAGCGCAUUUCCAAGGAUUUAAGAAUGGUGGUCUACGGAAACUGCUGAGUAAAUUUGAGGCAGAAAGACGAAAUACUGGAUACCAGUGUAUUUACUAUUCACCUGAAAACACAGCCAAGGCAAAAGAAGUUCUCAGCAACAUCAAUCAUCUGCAGCCUCUCAUAUCAAGCCAUGCAGACCUGCUGCUUAGUUCUGCAAGCCAACGUUCUCCAGACAGCUUGAAGAAUUCUUUAAAGAUGCUUUCAGAAAAAACGGAGUUAUUUGUGCACGCAUUCAAGGACCAGCUGGUCAGAAGUGCCCUUUUAGCACUGUACACAGCCCGGCCUGGCUGUGUCCUCAAGAAGCCAGCUGUGUCUAGAAACAGUGCAGAAGAAGGGGCUGAUGCACAGCACCAGGAGCAUCCUUCUCAGAUUAAACGACAGGACUCUAUACCCCAUCAUUCUGAGUAUGAUGAGGAAGAGUGGGACAGGGUGUGGGCCAAUGUGGCAAAGAGUUUGAACUGCCUUAUUGCCAUGGUGGACAGACUGCUUGAAAAAGACAACAUCAACAACAUUAAAGAGGGUGAAAAUGAGCCUACAGCAGCAGAUUGCAAGGCGUUACAUACAGGUGGUGACUGGUAUGAACAGCUGUACCCACUGGUGAUUACACUGAAGGACUGCAUGGGAGAGGUGGUGACCAGGGCCAAGCAAUCCAUGGCGUUUGUCCUGCUCCAGGAACUUGCCUGUGGUUUGCCCCAGUGUUUGAUGCUGACCCUAAGAAGAGACAUCGUCUUUAGCCAAGCACUGGCUGGAUUGGUCUGUGGAUUUGUAAUCAAAUUGCACACAGGUUUACAUGAUCAAGGAUUUUUACAACAGCUUCAUACUGUUGGAUUGCUUGUGCAAUAUGAAGGACUCCUUAGUACAUAUAGUGAAGAAGCAGGGAUGCUAGAAGACAUGGCUGUGGGCAUUUCAGAUUUGCAGAAAGUGAUGUUUAAAGUAAUUGAAGCCAAAUCAGAAGAUUUUUUGCCUAUUAUAACUGGAAGGCGUGAACAUUACAUUAUAGAGGUCCAGCUUCCAGCAAAGAUGUUUGAGCUGCUGCCACAAGAGAUUAAAGAAGGAAAGCUGCUUCGCAUGUAUCCAGUGCUCUUUAAUGUUGGAAUCAAUGAACAGCAAACACUGGCAGAGAGGUUUGGAGAUACCACUUUGCAGGAAAAUAUUAACCAGGAAAACUUAGAACUUCUCAAAGAAUAUUACAAGUUAUUUACGGAAAAAAUGCCUCCUGAUUGUUUACCACAUUUUCAAGAACAAAAUGAUUUAAAGGGGUUGCUAGAAAGUCUUCAUCAAAAUAUCCAGGCCAAAAAGAGAAAGAAUGUAGAAAUCAUGUGGUUGGCUGCAACGAUCUGCCGGAAGCUGAACGGAGUGCGCUUCACCUGCUGCAAGAGUGCCAAAGACAGGACAUCCAUGUCGGUGACGCUGGAGCAGUGCUCCAUCCUGAGGGACGAGCACCAGCUGCACAAAGACUUCUUCAUUCGGGCGCUGGAUUGCAUGAGGAGAGAAGGAUGCCGCAUAGAGAAUGUUCUGAAGAAUGUCAAAUGCAGAAAGUAUGCAUUCAACAUGAUACAGCUGAUGGCUUUCCCAAAGUACUACAGACCUCCAGAGGGGACAUAUGGAAAAGCUGACACCUAAGUUUAACAAAAAUGUGAUCAGGAGCAUACAUCAUGCUAAUUAGUGAAUAUAACAACUGCUGUUUAUGACGUAUGAAUUGGGAAUGUAUAACCAGUGGAGGUGUUACUUUUAUCAGGUUUUAUUAUUUUAUAUUAAAAUUAAUCUGGUUAGUCAUUAUGAAAUAAAUACCAUGAAAAUCAAUGGACUGGUUAUUCUGAAAAUCAAAUAUAUUCAACUUACCUUUGUGAAGUUGAAGCUUAGUAUGGCUCAAAAGGCAGCUGGAAUUAGUUUUUGGGGUCAUUUGAUUGAAGAUUAAAAAGGGAAAUGGCAUUUGCUGUAGGAACAGAGAUUAGUAAUCUGGAAGGUGGCAUUCUAACUCCAAACCAAAUCAUAAGAUUUGAUUUAAGGAGUCUCUCACUGCUGGAAAAGGUGUUUUCUGGAACCAGCAGAGCACUGAGCUCUUGAUCACUAAUGAUUAAACCUGUUGCAGAAAUGUUUAUGAAAGACGCUAAUGUUAAUACCUGGGCUAAAUAUAAUUUUGGUAAUUACAAUUAGCUUCUUUACAUAAGCAUGGUAACUUCAUAAUAUGUUUUUAGUAAUUGCAGACUGUAAUUUCAGCAAUUCCAUUCUGAUUUCCUGCAGUUCAUUUGGAUGUAUCACUCUUGGUUUUCUGUACCCUAGCCAAAUACCACUUAUUUCACUUCCACAUAAAUGACAUUGAAAUCAUGGAGAUUAAUUCCACAAGUAAAGUGACCUGAAUUUGACCUCCUAUUUAGUAUAAACCCUUAAAAGUAAAUUUUCUUUAGUGGUAGGGAAAAUAAGUUGUAUAUACAGGAUUUAAUGUAUCUUUAGGCCAUGAAAACAUGUAUGUUAUUACAAAGCCUAAAAUAAAUGUUACGAGUAAACUGCUGUACUAGGAUUAGUUAGCCACUGCAGCUGAUGUAUUUCAAAUUUGUAAUGCUGCAGGUAGACACUCUGGGAUGAAGAACUAUCAGCUUUAAAAAUGAAUGUUAAUGCUCUGCCAGCUUGUGUUAGUCAUGAAAUUUAUCUUGCAAAGAACGUUUGUGUUUUCUAAUUGUAUCUAUUUAUUACCUUCUUCUGCCUCUCAGAGAGAAAUACAAUUUUUAGCUCCCAAGUAUUCACUGGUUACUGACCUUUAUGUAAUGCAUUCUUUUCAUAUCUAGAGCAGAAGUAUGAGAAAUUUAUCUUAAUGAAACUACCCUGGGAAUUUGAGCAUCUGUAGGAAAUUGUAAUUGCCAUGGAUAAGGAGUAAAUGUUUGCUUACUCCUAUGGAAGUCAAAGAAAUCUCUAUGCACAAUGAGUUAUAAUUUGUUCUUUUUAAUCCAUUAAUACCCAUUACUUAGUAUAAAUCUGUAACUAUAAUGGAAUUUAAGAGCCUGAUUUUGCAAAUUCUAUUUGGGCAAUCCCAUGGAACUGAUCUGUCAUUUGGCUAAAAUUAAAUCCAUCUUGUAUAUUUUCUCCAAGAUCAGGCUGUGGAGUUCAUAGGAAAACAUCAGAAAGAGAUCCUUGUUCUAAUAUUCAUUGACUUCAGUGGAGCCAUAAAUUCACCUGUACAAUAUAUUAACUAAUUGGAACUUUUUUUCAAAGAAAAGUAGGUAACAUAAGUAGUGUUUUGGUGCAUUAGUUUUUUAUUUCCAUUAUAUAAUGUGCUAUCAAUAAUUGUUUAAUGAUAGCACAUUGUUUAAUGGCUUCCUUGUUUGUGGAAUGUAUUACUUCAGUAGAUGUCAGAAGAGUUGGCAAUGCAUCACAGAUAAGCUCAGACUGAUGAGAACAUAAUGCCUUGAUUUUUUUCUUGUCAUGUACCAGUAGAAGUGGACAAUACUCGUUGGGUGGCUGGAUAUGUGCAUAAAUUAGUGUUUGGUUCUAUGAAUAUAAUGUAGCUGAUCUGUAUGAAAUUUUUUUUUGGAUUUAUGGAGCAUAAUUCUUCAUAGAAAAGUAAUGUUUUCUUUGUCAGGCUGCUGCACUAGCCCUCACUAUAUACAUGUUUAUUAUUAGCUUAGAAAGCCUUGCAUGUGCAGUUUAGAGAUAGUGAUGUAUUUCUCAUGGAUCUCUGAAAUAACUCCCAGGUAUGCAGUGGAGAAUGCCAACCAUCAUACAGUAAUUCUGAAACUAUCUGUAAAAAUCUCAGUGGGGGUGGUGUUCCCUGCUGGGUGCUAUGGGUACUUAGACUUCUUUAUCUGGGUCCCGUUGACAUUCUGUCAAGUUAAAAAUAUGAAAUUAUCUAGGUUUUCUUGUCAGGAAAAUAGUCUUUCAAGAUUCUGCUGCAGCAUUUUAAUGCUACCUGGGCUCUAAAUUGCCAUUGUCACUACCGUGUUAUUUUUGUGUUGAAGUUGUUUUUCACAUUGAAGCCAAGGAUUUGAUGAGGAAAAAGAAAAAAAUGGCACUGGAUUACUGUCCUUUUUGUUUUAACAGCCAUUCACAGUAUGUUCUUGUGAAAUUAAAUAAUCUCUUAUUUGCUAAAGAUCAUUAAGACAAAACCCCAAAGACAUCAGUGGGCUGCAGUGAAAUUUCAUUGUGCUUGGGCCAUUAGAGAAGAGUUGGUGGGUCUUGUGCUAAAUAAUACUGAAAUUUUUGAAGAUAAUUUUUGGACUGGAACAUCUUGUAGGUCAGGAGGGCUUUGUAAAACCUGCUGAAGUGCUCCAAGUCUCCUGGAAAAGCCUCGUUGCUUCAGUACCAAAACAGGCCCAAAUCAUUCAAAAUCCAUGGCUUUUCUGGUUUGUCUUUUAUGAAGAAACAAAGAGGGGUUUGCUGCAGGUUGAUGCUUGUGUUACUUGGAGUACAUUUACUCUUUGUAGCAGCUGCUUCCAGCCUUGUGGGUUGUUUGAAUAUUUAACAGAGGAGUUAAAUCAUCCCUGGGGUCUUGCACAUUAUCUUGUAGCUCACUGGGGAUAUCAGAGGAGCAAAACUAAACUACUUAAUUUUUAUAAUCAAAUUACAUUCUUUGUUUUGCAGAGUGAUAAGGUAAGCAUAGCGAUUUUGGUGGUGGCUUCACAAAAACUGUUCCAUACAUGCUCUCUUAUAACUCUUGUAAGGUAUAAAAUAACCUGCUUUUAGGGGAGGGCAGUUCUCAAGGGUUAAAAGAUGAAAAUUAAAAAAUACAUCUGGCAUCUAAAGCCAAAUCUUGUCUUACAGAAGAUAUUAUCUUGUACAAAUCAAAUCAGGAUCUGUCUUGAGGAAUCCUGAAAUAAGGGCUUCUAGCUUUCAAUAUUUGUACAAUGCAUCACAUACUUACAUAGGGGUUUUGUACCACAGAGUAGUGUCUAAAUAGAGAGCUAGUCUAAAAUGCCUAAAAAAUAAGGAAGGAAUGUUAAAAUAAUUUUUUCCCAGAAAUGUUUGUAAUAUUGUUAUAAUACAUAACAUGUCUAUAACUGACAUUAAGCAGGCAGGUCUUUUUUUCUGAAGGCUUUCAAGGAAUUUAAAAUACAUUAUGGUUAAUGUUUAUACUUUGGCUUUUAUGGAGCAAUUAGGAAUCAAAACAUUUUAAUUAUGUUAUCUGAUUUUUGUCUAUGUGAAGCUGUGUAUUUUAAUGGAAUCUUAGCAAUGUCUGUGUUAUAAAGAAAUAAUAAUUUAGGAGGACAACUGAAACAAAAUAUUAAUUGAGAAAUAGCCUUAAUAAAGGCUUGCCAUGUUAAUUUUUGUACUGUCUGAAUAUUGCCAUUACAUAAAUGAAAUGAGGGAAGUAACAAACAAUUUUGUGUCUACAUCAGUCUCUCCUGAUGAAAAUUCACUUAAUUGCGGUGGAAUAAAUUGUAGUGGUAUUCUAAAACUUCACUAGUAAUUUAGGUAUAAAAAAGUGCAACACUUCAUUUUGAAGCCUACUUUAAAAUAUGCCUGUUAAAAGUUUCAGGAAAAACUUAUUUUUAUUUCUAGAUUAAACACAAGUUCCAAGAAAUCCUAUGGUCCAUUUUUAAAAAAAGCAGAAAAUGCACUGAACGUCAACCAGUGUCAUAAAAAAGCAAUUGAAUUGAAAACUAUGCAGCAAAAUUACUUGUGUGAAUUAAUGUAUGUAAUCAGUUAACAGUCUUAAACAUAUAUUGUGUCAGUUGUUUAUGUUGUAAACUUGAAACCAUUGAUCUCUAUAUUUAUGCUCUUAUUUUAUUAUAAAGAAGUGUACUGUAUAGGCAAUGCCAUGAGACAUGAAUUUGCAUCUUGCUUUUCACUUCCUUGCAGCUUAAAAGCAGAUGUUUACAAUGGAAAUGCUUUAAAAUAAUUUGCUGCUCUUGAGAACACAAACUUAUCUUGCAUAUUGCAUGUUUACAAAAAAGAUCAUAGAAAUGCUUUUUUAGAGGGAAAAAAGACUUCACAGACUUCAGUCCUUAAAACAUUGCUUUUUCCCUUAGUCAUGCAACAGCUCGACUGUUGGGUUGCCAAGAAUUCAGCUUGAACUCUACAGGACUCAAACAUUUAUUUCCUCUUUUUUUCAUAGCAUCUGCUGAAUAAGUAAUAUAACAACCAUGACUAUCAGCAUGAUACCCAUGAUCCAAGGUGAAAAACUUGCAUUUGCUCAGAUAUGAGCAAUACUUCAGGGUAAAUAAACUAUAAGACACUUGUGAACGAACCGGUGUCUCCCUGUUCCAAAGAGCUGAAUCAUGAGGCACAGGAUUUGUGUGCUGAUUGGGAAAAAGAGUUACAGUGCGAGUCUGACUAUGAUAAAAGAGUGCCCUGGAUGGGUUCAGAGUGGUGAGAUUUGAACCACGCUGCUCUUACUUAGACCUCUGACUGUUGGCAGUGGUUUUUGGUUACUCUUCCCACGCAUGCAAAAUGCUUUAAAAGUUUUCAGCACUUCUGUUUAUGAAUGGUCUGACUUUAAAACUUCUAAAAUCCCAAAUUACUUUGGUACUUGUUCUCCUUUUGUGUCACUGUCCCUUAUGAUGUUCCUGUCUUACAUUUUAGAGCACACAGGGCUGUGUAUAAGUAACCUUAACAGGACUUCAGUCCAUGGCAUAUGUUUGUCCAGAGAAACAAAGCACAACUAUAGGAAUUCAAUGUUUUUUAUAUUUCAGGAUUUAUCAUUUUUGUUUCCUUGCUGUCUGUAAGCCAUGACCAUUGUACACCAUGUGUAUAUUUUUAUUUAAAUAAAUGUAAUGUUUAUUUUUUA